AUGCAGAGAACCACGGCUGCUCCGUUGCAAGCUGCAUUUUCGGGAUAUGAUAGUGCUUGCUGUUUCACACCAGCAUUGUCUUGCAUUGUUCCAGCAGAAGCGCAACCGUAUAUUUUGCCGUAUACUUUGCCACCAACUUCAUAUAUCGUUAAUUCUUCAAGACAAUGCGAAAGCAUGAAGAAAAGAGAAAUAAGUCCUUGUAAAUUAAUUGCGACUACUCCGCCGCAUGCUGCAUCCUCUAAAAAUAAACUUGGACGACCAUAUAAUCCUGGCCGACCGCUUGCAAUGGAAGAAAGACAAAAAAUUUUACAACUCUACGAAAAAGGUUACAGAAUAAGCCAUAUUGCUCGUAUUAUCGGAGUGACACACAGUUGUGUUUCAAAAAUUAUGACAAGAUAUCGGCGUACAGGUUCCAUGCAACCGCGUUCCACAUGUUCUACGACGAAGAAAAAUAUAGACUAUAACAGUGACAUGAAUAUUGAUUCGGUCUCGAAUAAUAAUUAUCAGAAAUUAUGCAGAAGCUAUACUGUUGAUGCUACAUUAAGUGAUACCAGUCGACCAGUCAAGUCUUAUUUAAUUCAAAGAUGUGAAAAAUAUGUGAUUUUCAAAGGAAUUUAA